AUGGCCCGCGUUGCUUCCGUGAUGGCCCUGUCCGCCACCGGCUGCAUGGCAUUCACCGCCCCUGCCGAGCGCCCCGUGACGGUGUCCCUGAGGGCCAGCGCUGCGAACACCGCUGCCCAGCCCAGCGCCGGCAGCGCCGGCUUCCUGGGCUGCGCGGCGGUGGCGGCGGCGGCCGGGGUGGUGGCCUCCACUCGCAGCCGACACACUGCGCGGAAGGGCGUGGUGGGGGUGUGCCUGCCUCUCACGGACAAGUUCGACCCUUUGAACCUGGGCAACACCGACGCGAAGAUGGACCGCUACACCGCGGUGGAGAUCAAGCACGGCAGGGUGGCCAUGAUCGCCACGGUGGGCUACAUCAUGCCCGAGAUCUUCCGCUUCCCGGGCUGCGAGGCCUUCUCGCACGGGCUGGGGGCCUUCGAGUCCAUCCCCCUGGAGGGCUGGGUGCAGCUGGUGGCCCUUGUGGGCGCCCAUGAGGUGCUGGUGAAGCCUCGGCAGGGCGGCAUGGGCCUGUACGACUUCGGCCUGGGCACCGAGCUCAUCGAUGGCAUCGACGACGCGGAGCUCGAGAGGAAGCAGACCUCGGAGCGCAACAACGGGCGCUUGGCCAUGAUCGCCAUCAUGGGCCUCAUGGUGCAGGACGGCAUGUUCGGCGAGCCGCCCCUGAGCUACAUGUCCAAAUACGGCUGGUGGGGCGAGCCCGUGCAGUGGUACGUGCAGCACCUGAACAACUGCCAGUCCUUCGGCGGCAGCUUCGUGGACAACGCCGGGGUCUGCGCGCUGCCGCAGCGCCAGGGCCGCACCGCGCUGCGCGCGGCCUCGGACAAGCUCUCGGAGGGGCCCUUCAUUGAGACGGAGACCUACCCCAAGGAGAUGGAGAUGUCGGCCUCGGUGCCCUUCCUGCGGUACCCCAAGGUGUUGAAGGGCUGGGCGGGCGAGGAGAAGGGCUUCGACCCCCUGGGCGUCACGGACGCGCUGCCGGUGUACUGGGUCCGGGAGGCAGAGCUGAAGCACGGCCGGGUCUGCAUGCUGGCCACGGUGGGGUGGAUCGCCACGGACCUGGGCAUGCGCUUCCCGGGGGACGCCUUCCAGUCGGUGUCCACCACCCUGGAGGCCCACGACAAGAUGGUGGAGGCGGGGUACAUGGCGCCCUUCUUGGGGGCCAUCGGCACCUUUGAGCUCUACUCCCUGUGGCUCUUCUUCCAGGGCUGGGAGAUGAACAUCAACCGCGACGCCGGGGACUUCUUCCUGGGCAAGCAGUUCCUGCCCAAGGAGCCUGAGAAGGAGAAGGACAUGCGCCUCAAGGAGCUGGAGAACGGCCGCCUCGCCAUGUUCGCCUUCAGCGGCAUUGUCACCCAGGCCAGGCCUGGCCUUUCAUGUGAGCUGGGCACACUCCGACCCCUGGAGAAGGCUCGAGGGGUGCGAAGCGCUCGGCGUGGAAUGGGACGGCGGAUUUGUGAAAAGGUGCUGUGCGGCUGCGGUGCACGGAGAAAGCGCGAGCGGUGCUUGGAGCUUGCAGAUGGGCUGGGGAUCUUGGUACUGUGCAAAUGCACAUGGAAGCUACAGGUGGAGAAAGUAGUGCGAGUGAAGCAGCCGGGUGAAAAGACUGCUGGAUGUCCACCUCGGAGUAUGAUGAUUAUGACGGCCUCCAGAUUUAUUCGGGUGCCGGCCACCUACACGAUUCGAGGCUCCCUGGACAACGACGACGGACGAGUGACGCGCCAGGGCGUCGACUUUGCGCCGACGCCGGAGCCGGAAAAGCGAGGCACCUGGCUGCACCUCGUGGGCCCCCUGGGCUGCGUAGUGCUGGCGGUGCUGGGAAUCCUCUUGGCCGGGGAAACCCAGUGGCUGGUGGGUUACGCGAUGCGGUUACGACGCGAUGCGGAAAAUUCGCGCGAGGCGGAAGCGCAGAGCCGCUUUGGAGAUAUGCCCGUCUUCUAUGCCUACCCCAACAUCCGUGGAUGCCGGCACGUGGAUGCCUCCGCGGUGGGCUCGCAGCUCUUCAGCAACUUCACCCAGGUGGCCGUGGGCAAUAGCGAUGCCCCCAUUGCCGGCUUCCUGAAGGUCCAGCCUAUGCUGAAGACCAAGUACGCUGUGCUGAUGCACAACGACGCGUACCCGAUGGAGCGGGACUUCGCCUGCGAGAUGUUCCGCGCACUGGAGGCGAACCCCCACUACCCCAUUGCGGCUCCGCAAAUCUAUGAGGCCGCAGCCGACAAGAUCAUCGUGCCUCACGGGCAUCACCAGAACCUGCACGUGCGGCCAUCGCCUACCAGCGGCAAUGGCUACAGGAUCGACUAUGACCUCAGCUUGCAUUUGCUCACCCAGCGCAAGCCGGAGGACUUCAAGGAGGGCCCGCAGGUAGAUUUUCUGGAGGACCACGCGUUCUUCGCCAGAUCCGAUAGAUACCAUGAGCUUUUGGACCCUGCGGGCUCCUUCACGCUGGAGUACAUGGACAUGAUCCUGAACAUGCGUGCGCGAGAGACCUCGGCCUGGUACGUGCCCACGGCACGUUGCAUUUUCGACGUCGACACGUCCAAGAUCACCUGGGAGGAUGUGCCAUACCUCGUGUACAAGAGGAGCGAGCAGAUUGGGCAUCAGGUCCGCACUUAUCUCACCAACAAGUGGGGUGUGGAGUUUGUGAACACCGGCAUUUGGAACUACGUGCGAUAUGUGAUGUUGGCGGAUGUGGUCAUCAAGCAAGAUGCCUUGCCCACUGAGUGGGCAGACCAGGCCGCCAUCUUCUACAGCUGGUUCGAGAGCGUCGGCUUCAACCGCUACAACGGGCAGUACCUGCCGGACUUCAUCGAGCAGCCAGCCCCUGGCACGGUGAACAUCUCCCGGACCAUGAAGUGGACACUCCCCACGGAGGUGCCGGAGCACCGGGUGCCGCCCAAGAGCGCCAUGGAGAUUCUGCCGAAGAUGCAGCGAAAGAAGGCCGGCGCCAUUGACAUUUCCUUCAAGGAGCCCCACCUGCCGAUCGGCGUGAAGCAGAGCAGCUGUGAUGCUCAGAAGCCUUCAAGCUACCAAGAGUGCGGCCUGGCGGUGCAGGACGGCGACGAGUGCAAAUGUUUCACUUAUGUGGUGCCCUUCAACCUGAAGACCACUCUCUAUCUGGACAAAUUGAUGGCAUGGAUGAAGCUCCCAGCGCGGGCGUUCAUGUAUGGACAGAUGAAGUACUGGUCUGUCCCCAUCAAUGAGAACAAUGUUGACUUCUUCUGCGACCGCGAGCAGGAGGACUGCCAAUUCCAAGUGAGCUUCUCCGAGAAUGCCAAGGUACUGCAGUGGUCUUGGUUCGGUGAGCAGGAGAAGCCGAUCUUCACGCCGGAGGGCAUGGCAAUCGGCUCGGUCCUGGCAUUCCUGGUGUUCGCCCCGAUCGUGGUCUCUCAGUUCUCCAUGAAGAACGUGCUGGGAGGGCACCGAUCGCAGAAGGAGAAGGCCAUGUAGAACCACAGCCUUUUGUCCACCGAGCUCUGUCACAGUGCUGGUUGAGUGCCGACAUCUGGGAGAAUUCUCAGCUUGGCUGCGUUGUGAAUGCACCAAAGCUGCCAAUGGCAGCAUUGCUAAUUGCUUUUGCUUGAAACAACUAUUGGUUGUUGCGCGGGAAGGCGCAGACGAUUGGGUUGCACAGCCCCUGCGGAAGAU